AUAAAGAGUAUUAGCUUGUAUGUCUAUCUGCUCUAAUUUCUUUGUUAUUCUUUAGCUUAGAUUACACAUACAUACAUACAUACAUAUAUAUAUAAAUAAUCAAGCUGCUCUCAGAGAAUGAACAAGUUAUCGCUCCCGUUGCUGUUGUUCAGUGUGGUCUUCCGGCCUUACGUUGGGGCGGCCAGGUUCUGCACGAGCGUCGACCAAUGUGCCUUGGGAGGCAUUUCUGAAGCAUCGGCUGCAAAGGCGCGCUAUGAUCACACACGCAUAUACAGCGUGGAGCUGGCAACCGCCACUCAAGUGGGAAUCAUGCAGGCGCUAGAGGAUGCUAGCGAUUCGUGCGGGUUCAUGGGCCAUGCGCGCAUGCCCGGCCAGAAGCUGACGAUUAUGGUGACUGGCCAUAAGGUGGCCGACUUCGAUGAUCUGCUGCACAGCUACAACAUCAGCCAUCGCAUAUUGCACUACAACUUUCAGGAGCUCAUCGAUGCCAACUACCUGGAGGUGGCACCAGAGAACACGCCGCCGGAGGAGUUCGAUUGGAAGCGUUACUUUCAGCUGGACAACAUAUAUGGCUGGCUGGAGAAGCUAGCUCGGGAUCAACCAGACGUAGUCAAAGUGCUGGACAUGGGCUUGAGUACUCAGGGUUUGCCCAUCAAGGGAGUGAAGUUGGCCUUUGGAGGCGAGAACCUAACCAGUGUGUUCAUUGAGAGUGGAAUCCAUGCGCGCGAGUGGAUUGCCCCAGCUGCUGCGACCUACUUUAUUGAUCAGCUGCUCCACUCCAACGAUUCGUCUGUUCGGGCUCUGGCUCGCUCUCAGAACUGGUUUAUCUUUCCUUCGGUAAAUCCCGAUGGCUAUCGCUAUAGCUUCACGGGAGAUCGCAUGUGGCGCAAGAAUCGUCAGAUCUUUGGCAUUUGCCGCGGUGUCGAUCUGAAUCGCAAUUUUCCCAUGAGCUGGAACACCACGGGCGCCAGCGGCAAUCCCUGUAAAUACGAUUUCUCUGGCCCAGCUGCUGGCAGCGAAGUGGAGACGCAACGACUAAUGCAAUUUUUGGAAACCCAUGUCGAGUCCGAGCGCAUUCGCACCUUCCUAUCGCUGCACAGCUACUCGCAGCUGAUCCUGUUUCCAUAUGGCCACACGGCCGAGCACGUAGAGAACUAUGCGGAUCUGAAGGAGAUUGGCCAAUUGGCAGCGGCACGCAUCAAGGAGUUGACUGGACGGGUAUAUAAGAGCGGAAAUAUAUACGAGACUAUCUAUCCUUCUAGUGGCGGCUCCAAGGAUUGGGCUUAUAGUCAGCUAAAGGUGCCAAUCACCUUCACGUUCGAGCUGCGCGGCCUGCCAGACAGCGUCGAGAUGUUCAUUCUAUCGGCCAAGGAGAUUGAGCCGACGGCUCGCGAGGCGUUCGCAGCGGUGCAAACCAUCGUGGAGGAGGCGAGCAAACGUGGCUAUUACCAGUAAAGCGCAAGAAAAUUGAUUUCAAAU